AUGACGACAAAGAGGGUCACAGUGGGGCAGCAGCCUGGAGGUGUCGAGGAUCGAGUGAAAGGGUGGCCCGGUUCUUGGAGAACGCUACACGUUGUCAAUGCUACUGAUACUGCCUGCUCAAAGGCUGAUGACCAUAUAACUUCAGAACCCAGGAUUAAAAAACUGGAACCAGUACUUUUGCCAGGUGAAAUUGUGGUAAAUGAAGUCAAUUUUGUGAGAAAAUGCAUUGCAACAGAUACUAGUCAAUAUGACCUGUGGGGCAAAUUGGUUUGCACUAACUUCAAGAUUUCCUUUAUUACGGAUGACCCUAUGCCAUUACAGAAAUUCCAUUAUAAAAACCUUCUUCUUGGUGAACAUGAUGUCCCGCUAACGUGCAUUGAGCAGAUUGUCACAGUGAAUGACACCAAGAGGAAGCAGAAGGUUCUUGGUCCCAAUCAAAAACUUAAAUUUAAUCCAACAGAAUUAAUCAUUUAUUGCAAAGACUUCCGUAUUGUCAGAUUUCGCUUUGAUGAAGCGGGUCCUGAAAGUGCAAAAAAGGUAUGCCUUGCAAUAGCUCAUUAUUCUCAGCCAACAGAUCUCCAGCUCCUCUUCGCAUUCGAAUAUGUUGGGGAAAUAUAUCAUAAUCCAGCAAAGAAGGUGAAUGGAAUAGACCCAGGAGGCGGUGGUGGCGGCAGCAGCAUUGGCAGUGCCAGUGGUCAGCAGACACCUUUGUUUGAAACUUACUCUGAUUGGGAUAGAGAAAUCAAAAGGACAGGUGCAUCAGAGUGGAGAGUUUGUUCAGUCAAUGAAGGUUAUAUGAUAUCUACUUGCCUUCCAGAAUACUUUGUGGUCCCAUCUUCCUUAGCAGAUCAAGACCUUAAGCUAUACUCUUACUCUUUUAUUGGGAGACGAAUGCCGUUAUGGUCCUGGAAUCACCCUAAUGGGAGUGCUCUUGUAAGAAUGGCCAACAUUAAAGAUGUACUGCAGCAAAGAAGGAUUGAUCAAAGAAUUUGUAAUGCGAUAACUCGAAGCCAUCCCCAGAGAAAUGAUGUUUACAAGUCUGAUUUGGACAAAUGUCUCCCCAGCAUCCAGGAAAUCCAGGCUGCACAUAUCAAACUCAAACAGCUGUGUGUUAAUGAGCCUUUUGAAGAAACAGAAGAGAAGUGGCUAUCCUCACUGGAAAAUACUCAUUGGUUAGAGCAUAUCAGAUCAUUUCUUAAGCAUUCUGCUGAACUUGUGUAUAUGAUGGAAUGUAAGCAUGUCUCCGUAGUUCUACAAGAGGAAGAGGGACGGGACCUGAGCUGUCUCGCUGCUUCACUUAUUCAAGUCAUGCUGGAUCCCUAUUUUCGAACAAUCGUUGGAUUUCAAAGCUUAAUACAGAAGGAAUGGGUCAUGGCAGGAUAUCAGUUUUUAGAUAGGUGUAACCACUUAAAGAGAUCUGACAAAGAGUCUCCUUUGUUCUUGAUGUUUCUCGACUGUGUUUGGCAGCUGCUAGAACAAUACCCAGCAGCCUUUGAGUUUUCUGAAACGUACUUGACCAUAUUGUACGACAGUGCACGUAUCUCGUUGUUUGGCACUUUCCUUUUCAAUUGCCCACAUCAGCGAGUGAAGGAAAGCACAGAAUUUGCCAUAAGCAAAAACAUCCAGCUGGGUGAUGAGAAAGGCCUCAGAUUUCCUUGUGUUUGGGACUGGUCUCUUCAGUUUACAAGCAGGGAUCGUCUGCUCUUUCACAACCCUUUGUAUAUCGGAAAGAGCGCACCGUGCGUACACAAUGGAGCCGUGAAAACUUUUAAACGCUCAAAGAAAAACUAUAGCUCAACCUUGAGAGGUGUCCCCCCAGCAUUAAAGAAUGGAAUCAUCAGUGAGCAAGAGUUCCUUCCAAGAAGAAAUUCUUUGAUACUAAAGCUGAAACCAGACUUUUUACAGCAAGCAGAGAGCCAGAGUAACAGCAUGGAACAGUACUUCAGAGACUGGUUUGCAAAGCCUGUGGAUCUGCAUGGCGUAAUUCUACCCCAUGUCUCUGGAACGCAAAUAAAACUGUGGAAACUGUGCUACUUCCGCUGGGUUCCUGAGGCCCAGAUUAAUCAUGGUGGCUUCAUCACUGCUUUCCAUAGAGUCUCUUUGCUGGCUGAUGAAGUAGACAUGUUAAACAGGAAUCUUCGACAAUACAAAAGCAACUCUUCUUUGCAAGGUAACUGCUCAGAACUGGAUCACAGCAGGAUGUACUUCAGAGCAAAUGGUUUGAACGACACUUCGGGGGCUCCAGACUUUCUCUCCUCCUCAUUCCCGUUUUCUCCUAUAGGGAACCUAUGCAGACGGAGCAUUCUGGGAACACCUUUAAGCAAAUUUUUAAGUGGUGCCAAAAUCUGGCUAUCCACCGAGACGCUUGCAAAUGAAGACUAAGAUGUGAUGCUUUAAAGGUUUGGGGAGAACAUAGCAGAUCAUUUUGUUUUUUCUAAGUUAACACUGCUAAAUGCGGCAUUGGAAGCUGUAAUAAUUUUAUAUACGAAUAUUAACGUAAGUUUUGCACAACUAUUUAAAAGCAAAGCGAAUCAUGCUUCAAAUCGCACAAUUUUGUCUUUGGUAGUUCUCAUCUACAUGUCUUGUCUGGUUUCUGGUCCCUAAAUCUUUCUAUAUAUUUGUGGUUUGGCUCAUUAUGUGAGAUGGAGCAUUUCGUUUGCUAAAUGAAAGAAAGGUUUGGUGUGGUCAUUAAUGAGGGGGUUGUGUUUGAAAUAACUGUUUUCUCAGAUUGUGACUGAAGUGAAUCUUGUGUCAAAACAGAUGAUUAGCAAAUCAAAGUAGAGUUAGGUGUAGCUGACACAGAUUGACCGCACAAAUCUGGGAACAAACUAUUUUAUCAGGUUUUCUUUUCAGGAAGAAUACAUAUAUGCAUAUGUACAUACUAAUUUUCUGUGACUUGAUCACCCUACAAACACGUUAAUGCAGUGUGUGUAUCCAUAGGGGGUUUUUUGUUCCCUUUUCUUUCUCUCCCCAAAUGUAUCCAUUAGCAAUUAGUCAGAUUCAUGCUCUUUGUCAUGAGCUUGCCUUUAGGUCAUAGGAAUCAACUUCAGGACAAUGCACUGUUAACCUUAAAACAUUUACUGUAGAUAAUGGUAUUGUAGUAGCCUUAGAAGUGCCUUUAAUUGAGAAGAAAUAGUAGCAAGAACACCCUAAUGCAAAUGAAAAAAAAAAAAAAAAGAACAACUUUUAAAAAUGGAUUGUUACGGUAAGGUCUUGUUCCACCCCCAUCUCCCCUUCCACAUUUCUGGAAAUAACAGAAGGCCAGCUCAAGAGAGACCAGGUUUUCCUCUCUUAAGAUUAAGCUUGUUUGUAAGUCUCAUGAGUGCCUCACUGUUUUAUUUAAGCACCUCAAAUACCCAGCAUUAUAUCCUGUGUACAGAUCCUGAUUCCCCCAACGCUCUCCUCAUCCUAGAGUAGGAUGAAUUCGCUUUCCGCAGGAUUCAUACGUGAGUCCUGCUGGGUUCCAGAAAGGAGGCCAGGCGCUGAGUGGCCAAAUCCAGGAGGCUGCGGGCAGCAGUGUGCUGGUGUCACUUGUAAUCACGACUGGAAGAGUUGUUGUUACUGGUGCCUUUUUUUUUUUUUUUUUUUUUGUGUGUUUUUUUUUUUUUUUUUUUUUUUUUUUUUACAUACUAGCUAGCCGAUAUGGACAGUGUAAUAGCACUGUUUGAGGGAAUGAAAUCCAACAGCCUCCCUCUGCCUCAUGCAUCAGCCUCUGCGCUACUGUAAAACCUUUCAGUGAUACCUCUCGUGUUGGAGCUGUGACAGAAAAAGCCUCAGGUUUCAUAGGGAGAAAAAGGAGAGGGAGCGAGAGAAAGGCACGCUGCGAGAGGGAGAAAGGAAGUAUGUUGCUCUCGAAGGCUAAGGCACGGGUAGGUGACGAGGACGCCUCUGUCCAGUACUUUCUUGUAACAGUGAGUCUGUAUUUUAUAUUAUCUGAUUUCUGCAUAAAACCCCAAAGCUACAGAACUGAACCAACACUAGGCCUCUGUUCAGGGUCUGGCUCGCCAGUUAAGGCACCUGAUGCCUUAUGCAAUAGGCAAGAAGGCACUCUGUCAUUAGGAAAAAAAAAAACCGCUGAGGAUAACAUGUAGUAAAUGAGUUUUAAAAAAGGGGAAGGGGAGCAAGGAUGUGGAGAUAUUAGUUAGUAUGCAAAAGCUAACUGGUCUUCAGCACAGCCUAUAUCACAAUAAUAUGGUUUUUGUGUGUCUAAGACUGCAAAAGUGUUUAUUUUACAGAACAUGCAUCUGGAGUGGCCUUAUAGGUGCAAACUUUGUGCAAGAGAAGUCCAGUGCAUACAGGAGCAUGUUUUCCCCAGACUGAAAAGUACCUAAACUAACUACACAGCUGCUGGGGGCACUGGGCGUGCUGCUUUCUCACGCUGUGUUUGGUUUGGCCGGGGAUGAGUGGGCAGUUUGGUUUUAAAGGUGAGCUGAUGUGAGAGGAGGGGGGGGAAAAAAAAAAAGAGACAACUCCUCUUUUUAACCAAGCAGAACCCCAAAAAUCUGUUUUUAUGCAAAGAAGAUGAGUGAGAGAGUGCGUGUGUGUGUGUGUGUGUGCGUGUGCGUGUGUGUGUGUGUGUGUGUGUGUGUGUGUGUGUGUGUGUUUGUGUUUGUCUGCCCGUGUCAUGGUGUAUUCCAGAUUGUUUCUGGUCGACUGUUUAUGAAGAAGAAAGGUGUAUCCACCUCAAUUGCCUAAUUAUGCUGCAAGACUGAGCAUGUUACAUGGUCCACAAACUGUUGUUGUUGUGAAUUUUAUUUACAAGCUUGCUGGAGCUGCCAUCUAACUUGUUCAAUUUGUUAUUCAAAUGUUUUAGUUUGUGUUUGUGGUGGUUUUUAACUUGCUUACUGCUUCCCCUGGCCUGAUACUUGACAUAAAAGACCUCAACCUGUGUGCUUAAUUGUCUUUUGGUACCUUUUUCUUUUUUUCCUUUUUAAAUUACAUUUAAAACUAUACUGUUGUCUUCUUGCCUCCUUAAAGGAAUAACUUUUUUUGGUUUAACGGUACCAAAAAGUGUGUAAAUAAAUUGCUCCACCCAGUUAGGCAACUGGUGGAAUAAAUUAAAAAAAAAAUAAUGCUUAGGCUAGUACCCUUUGGGGGGGAAAAAUGGGUACUAUAUUUAAACAGGAUUAUCUUUUAUAAGGAGUUUUCAGAAAUUUCUACAUUUCAGUUCUAAGAUGUGUAUAGAUGCUGCAGAUGGUCUUUGUAUUUUGUAUGUAUUAUAUGGUGGGGAGAUUGAGGGGGAAGGGCAGAGAAAUACUAUGCCUUUAAAAUAAACAAACAAACUAA